UGACAUUGCGGGGCUAGCUGCCGGGAGAGGAAAACCCAGGGGUGACUGCUGCCAUUCACUUCUAUUCGUGCUAUUGAUUUGAAAUCCCCGUCGAUAAUGGAUACCAUUGUGCGCCGCUGUCCCUUUCUCUCCCGUGUAUCCCAGACCUUCCUGCAGAAAGCGGGCAAAUCUCUGGUGACCUAUGCUCAGAACUGCCCCGUGAUGAUGGGGACCAAGCCCUUGUCAUGUGCUUCGUUGAGUACGUCGGCUGUUCAUCAGCAAGAGACCAAGGAGACAUCAGAUUCCAAGACACCACUUAACAGGACCCAGGUUCAGGGAGGCCUAACUGGAUCCCAAGUGCCAGCAGAUCACCCUGGCGCAGUAAGUGGGCAGAGUGCAUCAAAAUGUCCUUUUCUGGCGGCCCAGAUGGUGCAAGAAAACAGCAGCGUCAUUCGCAAGGCCAGCCCUGAGACUCAGGAGGAUGUACAGAAGAUGCAAACAAUGAGAAAAGAUUUGCGUGGGCCAAUCACCAAAGGUGCCGGAGAAGCAAAAAUGACCCUGCAGAAAAAUCGUAGCGUUCUAGAGAAAUUUCAAGAGAGCGUGCUUCAUCAGAGGCCUGCAGUAGUUUCCCAUCUUCUUCAAGAUAACAUGCCUAAAGCUGUAAAGACCUUCAAGUAUGACAAAUUUUUCGAAAAGAAAAUUGACGAGAAGAAAAACGACCAUACUUACCGCGUCUUCAAAACUGUCAACCGGCGUGCGGAAGUGUUCCCUAUGGCUGACGAUUACUCCGACACUUUAAUAAGCAAGAAAACUGUCUCUGUGUGGUGCAGCAAUGAUUACCUGGGAAUGAGUCGCCACCCUAAGGUGGUAGGAGCAGUGAUGGAAACUCUUAAACAACAUGGAGCGGGGGCCGGCGGCACCAGGAAUAUCUCUGGAACCAGUAAAUUUCAUGUUGAGUUAGAGCAUGAGUUGGCAGAUCUCCAUGGCAAAGAUGCCGCCUUAUUGUUUUCUUCCUGCUUUGUGGCCAAUGACUCGACACUCUUCACACUGGCUAAAAUGCUGCCCGGAUGUGAGAUCUAUUCAGACGCUGGAAACCAUGCCUCCAUGAUCCAAGGCAUCCGAAACAGCCGAGCUCCCAAAUAUGUAUUCCGUCACAACGAUGUCGGCCAUCUUCGUGAGCUCCUCAAGAAUUCUGACCCCUCCACCCCUAAAAUUGUGGCUUUUGAAACUGUCCACUCUAUGGAUGGUGCAGUCUGCCCUUUGGAAGAAAUGUGUGAUGUGGCUCAUGAAUACGGAGCCAUAACGUUUGUUGAUGAAGUGCACGCCGUGGGAUUGUACGGUGCACGGGGAGGAGGCAUUGGAGACCGCGAUGGAGUAAUGGCCAAAAUGGACAUCAUUUCAGGAACACUCGGCAAAGCAUUUGGCUGUGUUGGUGGAUACAUCGCUAGUACAAGUGCCCUGAUAGACACCGUCCGAUCCUACGCAGCUGGUUUUAUAUUCACAACCUCUUUGCCGCCCAUGCUUCUCUCUGGAGCAAUAGCAUCUGUGAGAGUCCUGAAGAGUGAAGAAGGUCAAGCUCUCCGCCGCCAGCACCAGCGCAAUGUUAAGCUCAUGAGACAGAUGCUGAUGGAUUCAGGCCUCCCAGUGGUCCAUUGUCCGAGUCAUAUUAUCCCUAUCAGGGUUUCUGAUGCGGCUAAAAAUACUGAGAUUUGCGACAAAUUGAUGAGAGAUUAUAACAUUUAUGUACAAGCCAUUAACUACCCCACUGUUGCGCGUGGAGAGGAACUCCUGAGGAUUGCACCCACACCUCACCACAACCCUCAGAUGAUGAGUUAUUUCUUGGACAAGCUGCUGACCACCUGGAAGAGUGUGGACCUGGAGCUGAAACCUCAUCCUACAGCCGAAUGUAACUUCUGCAGGCAGCCUCUCCACUUCGAGGUGAUGAGCGAACGCGAGAAAUCCUAUUUCUCAGGCUUGAGUAAGAUGAUAUCUGUAAGAGCUUGACACAACCCCUGUCCCCAUAACAAAACAAAUUCUACAUUUAAAUAGAGAUGAAAUAAUGUAUCGUAGUCAAAAAAGUAUACACUUUUAUGUCACACUGGGUAUCUUGUCUAAUAAUUCCUGUGUUUUAUAUUAUGAAUAUUGUAUUACAGGACAAUUAUCUUUUCUUAAUGAAUUAAAAAUAUUUGUCUUGCAAA